CAACAAUUUUUCUUUUCGAACUCUAAUCUAGUGUGCACAUCCGCCACUUGCGCAUUACACUGAACUGCACUUCCUCUACCGCAAACGACCGUGAUCACUUUUCUGCUUGACGUUGUUGCAAGUGCCACUGAUUUACGACCGAAAGAUGAAGAAAACCGAAGCGAUUGAAUUGAUUUGUACAGUUCCAAACCGAAGAUUGUCAGUCGUCAGUGCAAGUCUUGUGGCACUACUGGCUGUGACUUCUUUGCCCACUAUUUUCUACAUUUGGGAUCCACCAGCAAAGCAGGUAGAACGAUCGACUGACGACGUCGUCAACAUUUCCGGUUCCGAUUCUUGCGACAAUGGCCAACGUGUUAAUUGGACCAGCCUAGUCGGAUCGAUGUGUGCCAACUACCUCGAAUGGCAAAAGGGCGAAAAUAAAUCUGCACACUACAGCAGGAAAAUCUCAACACUCAAGUGUAAUUUUGAUGAUACCGAAAAGAACCUGCAAGAUAUUCUGAGUUUACUGCUCUCAGGCGUACCAGAUCUAGAGUGUCAAAAACAAGCUACGCCCAUUCUUUGUCAUUACCUAUAUAGAGACUGUGAUGUCGAGCUUUUGCGUCCAACGACAGAAGACUGUCUGAAAGUAAAACAUGGCGCUUGUCAAAACGAGUGGAAUCUUGCAGCAAUCUACCUUCCUAGAUCCGCCUCAUUGUCAGCUUGCAUUGGAAUUCCAGACUGCUCAGCAGACUUCGACAAUAGCUCGACUGCAAACCACACAACAUCAUUCUCAGGCUCGACAAACUUGACUAAUCACAAUGAAUCUAUUGCAUCUGGCUCGACGUCGUCAAAAGGAAACGGUACCGUGGACUGCACACCGCCACUAGUAGAAAUUGAGCUCAAUGACUUGGACUACCCUUUGGGCUGUUCACCCGCAUGUUUGGAGAAGAACUGGAGCAGUAAACCUGAACUGGCAGUCAUGGAAGUGAUGCUCUACUUGACUGGUAUCGUCAGUUUCUUUUGUGUUGUGGUCACGUUCGUAACGUGGGCAAACGUAGCAGAACUUCGUCAAUUUCCGCAAAACACAUUGCUGUUUCUUGUCAUUGCGUACGCCAUUGCAAUGUUUGGAUUUGCUCUCCCAUUGCUUGUUGGCCGUCGCAAUGCUUAUUGUAAUCACAAAGAUAUGUUGUCUGUAUGGCAUGAUCCUUCAACUAUAUGCAGAAUGCAAGGCUUUUUGGUCCACGUUGGCUUAACGUCAGCUCUCGUCUGGUGGCUUUGCUCGAUAUUCAAUGUGUUUGUAUCGAUCUAUGUCAUAUCACCGGUCAAUCCCAUCCGACGGUACUCCAAGACAGUCUUAGUUAUAGAAACAGUAACAUCAGUAGCACUGCCCGUAGGACUUGCUGCUGCAGUGCUAGGAGUAGAAGGCAGAUACGCCACAUUCAGCGUCCAAAUUAUCACGUGCGGUCCACCAAGCGUCAAAUUGAUGUACUACACAAUGGCCUUGCCUCUGCAGUUGAUUGUGUUUGUUGGUGUUGUGAUGACGUUACUGAUUAUGUUGCGAUUGAGAAAAGUUCAAGAUGCUAACAAACAUUCUACAGUAACAUCCAUGACUGUUUCACCUUCCAGUCAAACAACAAUCCAAAAUCGCUUUCUAAUGAUUGUCGUGUUCUUUCCUUUGUGUUUGGGCGUUAUUAUGAGUACUAUUGUCGUAUACGAGAAGCUGUCUGAGGACGCCGUGGCAAGCUUCGUCGACUACGUGGUUUGUGUCGGCAGUAAAACAGCUCGUGCGUGUGAAAAACCAAACUAUGGCUCCAUCAUCACGAGUAUUCUUGACUUGAUUAUGUUUAACAUAUUCAGCCUGGUGCUGCUUGCGUACGUGCUGGUACCUACAAUGGCACGCAAGUUCUGGAUAAGGCGUCUAAGAAACGUUCGUAAUCGGUUGGCUACUCUGCUGAGUAAAGAAAGCCAAACGGGAAGUGUUGAAACGGAAAGUGGAAAGCCUGAACUCACACUAACUGGCUACGCCAAUCGUGUCACGGACCCGUACACAGAAGUUACGAUUGCAACACCAACUGUUACGUAAAUCAUGGAGAAAAUCAACGAAAACUUCAUUACACUCCUCGCAAAUUCUGCGUGAGUAGCUAUAGCAUUGUAAUAGUACUCAACUAUAUUUCAUUGCCGUAAUACGAAAUUAACGCCUAUCUUCGGGUGUUAGAUAUUUUGUUUGCUGAUAAACUAUAAGGAGUAAAGGAGUAUGAUUACAGAGACAGACAACUAACUAGCAUUGUAUUAGCAAAUACCAAUGACUUAAUUAGUUACUUUAGCUAACAGGGCCAGGAACUUAGAGUAGUAAAUUAGUAAUAAAUCAUUGUGGAAGAGAAAAAUAAAUAUAAAUCAACUGAA